AUGCGGGUUGUCACGCAGUCAGUAGUCCCGCGCGACAUCACCGAUGAAUUUACAUCCGCUGCCUCAAAGCUGAAAACUGGCCAGCUCGUCAAAGAUGAUUACUUCACACUUUUCGAAGCAGUUGGGGCGUUGGAGAUUAUGGACUCUAAGAUGGACAGUGGAUAUCUAGGCCCCGGCGAAAACCAUGCGCAGGCUUUGGAUGACGACUACGAUGUGACGCGGGAGCUUAGUCCGGAGGAGGUCCUUGGUAUUAUGGACGGAUUGCUAUGUCAUGAGAUGGCAUGGCAUAUGGGCCACCCUCUUUCCCAAACCCUCUUCACAUCCCUGUACCUUGAUAAGCUCUUAUGGCCGGUCCCGAAGUCGCUCGACGAAGCCACCUUCUCUCGCGGACGUGCCGCGAGUAAUGACAAGGAAGCCCCGAUCGUGCAUCUGGUACUGCGUGCUUAUUGUCUGGCGCUCCUCAAAUGCUGCGACUUUGUUCAUGCACGAGUAGCCACUGAAUACUAUUUCGAGGAAGAGGACUUUGUCACCCAGCUCUACAAUCGCAGCCUGCUGUCGCAAUUCGAACCGGAGCCAUUCUACGACCUCCUUCAUCAAGCGAUCUACUGGGUUGACGAACAGAAGGACAAGUUGGAUGAGAAAGUGCUGCAGGCCAUAAAAACAAGACUCCUCUUCCGACGUGACUUUUUGAAGGGCAUGGAACAAGAUAUCGAAGUGAUUGAGACGAGGUCAAAGGAGCCGUUUUUGGCUUGUCUGCCCCAAUUGGAUGAUAUGGCCAAAUCGACGACCCUUGGAGCGCAAGUGCCUGAUUCUUUCAGUUGGAAGAUUCAAAGAAAGUUGGCCAGCACUGUGCCUCCACGACCAAUGGUGAAUAUCAAUUUCGACGAUGCGCUGGCGCAUCUGAGACGACUAUGUCAAGACGCAAUUGAUAUCCAAGAAGUCAUCGGUUACCGCGGUCCUUACAAUUUCAAGGUAACUGUCUGGACUUUGCUGUCACGGAAGCCUCAGCCAUCAGUAUAUAUCCGAUCGCUGGUUCAGUCAAUGAUCGUAAACAACAUGACGAUACUGGGAGCCGUCCCGGUUAAACAGUUUCUGUACGAUGAGCUCGCAGAGCUUGUACUACCGUCUAGUAUACUUCUGCAAGCCAACAUGGACGAUAUUGAGGUGCCUUCAGACCCCCGCUUCCAGAUUGCCAAGCAAAUGGACGCGUUCGUGCAGCGCUUCUCCCAGCCUUUUGUGGACACGUUCCGUAGUUCCUGCCUGAAUCGCUGCCGCAUCCGCCGUACGGUUUGUCAUACCAUUGUCGACUGGGACAAUUUGCAAAUGGAGGCGGAAGAUCUGGAUGAGCAACUCCGUACCCUCAGCAAAGAACCCCCGCUGAUGCUCGCUAACGGCGACGCAACGUACUCAUACCCUCUUAGUAGCUGGGCCUACCAUCAGAAACUGGUUCAAUUCCGUCUCAUUCUUCAGCUCGGGUUCGAGCUUUCUAUCUACGCACCGGAAGAACUACCGGGGAUGUACUGGUACCUGUCCCACAUCUGUUCUACCCAUCUAGGCCAUAUCGACCGUAUCCGCACGUUCACUGUCGCCACGGCCAAACGAAACCUUCCCGAUGUGGCCGCCAAGAAGCGCGAUGCUCUUGAACGACAUGCUGCCCUCCAGAAGUCCCUCAAACUGCUCGAACGGCUCACGACGCAAAUCGUUGCGAUUGACGCAUUUGCAAUUUCCCUGCACGCCCUGUACGUGCUCCUUGCUCGCCAUCGUGUCCUGCCAACGGCCUCUGCACCCCAAGCGUACUCUAGCGACCGGUUGCGCUACGAACUCCGCAUGAAACCCUUCCUUUCAAUUACCUUGCCGGAAUUGGUCCCCUACGAUGAGUACCGCCGGGAAGCGGUGCUCGAAGGGGACAGUGAUGAGAUCGUGCUGGAGCGUGCCACCAAGGCGAUCUCGGAAGCCCGGAAAGCGUGGGAAGCCACGCUAGCGAACGGGGCUUUUAUCCGCGAUUCCGAUGGCGAGGAGAGCCCCGCACCAGCCAUUGAAGAAGAUUGGAAGCGCGACAUCAAAGACACGAAGCGCGCCUGCAUCGGUGCCAGUAUUGCAAUCGGAACAGUCAAGGAAGCAUUGGAGAAGCGCACGCCAAAGGAACCAACUGAUGAAGCGGCCAACAGCCCAUCGGUGAACCUCCGGGUGACCAUUCCAGAGGUCGGGAACAAGGCCCGUUGGCAUGAUUGGUGGAUAGUCCCGCAAAUCUCCCAAGCGACAGUAGCAGCCUCUAAGAAGACAUGA